AUGAGCACGGGUGGCCAUCAACCCCCGCAGGUUACAUCCUCACCGGCGCCGGCACACCCUCCAGCAGCACCACCAGCGGAACAGCAGGACGUCUCAAACCAGCAUGGUCCUCCGUCGAAUGCGGCGACACAGCAACAACAACAGCAGCAGGAGCAGCACGCACCGGCAGCGCCCGCCCAGCAACAGACUCCACCGACAAAAGUGGCUGUGCCACGUGAACUGCAGAAUUGCGAUUCCGCAUUUGUAUCACAGUUGGUUAUGGAAAUGAUCAGCAGGCUUAUCCUCCAUAACGAUCGAAUACCCCUUACUUCGGCAACAAUAACUCGGUUCCAUUCACGGGCACCACCAGCAAUAAAGCCCGAGGAUUACUUACGACGAGUAGUGAAAUAUGCCUCCGUGGAGCCAUCUGUAAUAAUAACAAUACUGGUCUACAUUGACCGAAUAUGCGACAUUCAUCAGCAUUUCACGAUAUCGAGUCUGACUGUCCAUCGAUUCAUAAUAGCUGCAGUCACUGUGGGAAGCAAAGCCCUCUCUGAUAUUUAUUGCACGAAUACGUAUUAUGCUCGGGUCGGAGGGCUCCCGCUAACAGAACUCAACCUUAUUGAGAUGGAUUUCUGCAAAAUGAUCGGCUGGAGAUUAUCAUGUUCCAUGGAAGUGCUGCAGCAGUACUACGUUAACCUCGUGCGGACGAACCCCGGUUUCGAUUUGAUGCAUUAG